CACACGACUCACAGAUCUUUGCGAUUUCGCUUCGUCGAGCCCCCCUAUAUCAGUUCCAAUCGUACCGUUGAGCGUGUGCACAUUUUGCAGUCUCUGAAACCCUUGACAGUCAUAUGAAGAGUCGUUCCCAUGAAGGAUGACGCAUCUCUCUUUGAGUCACUACUCCCGAACUAUAAAACCCCCCUUCGUUACCUUUCGUAUCUCCUUCUGUCCUCUUUACUUGACACUCCGCACACUGAACACUCGAACACUUCAUAAUCAAUCGCUCAUAUUCCCCCUUCGUUAUCAAAAUACGCAUCUCGCAACCAACAAAACCACGGUAUCCAACAAGACAUAUUCACCAUGUCCGAAACCCCCUUCGAAUACUUCAAAAAGCACGAUGGCCCAGAGUCUAGCCUCUUCGAGGAAACACGCAAAGCUUUCUUGCCGUUUCUAGAGCAUAGGCGCUUCGAGGACUGGCGUUACGAACGACUACGCCGCGCGGAAUUCAUGGUGUUACAUCACGACACCACCUCCAGCGAAACCCACCGUCGGCCGAUCGAUUAUGCUGCAAUCCUCGCUUUUUUUGCUGACUCAUAUGCGAACAACCGCACCGAUGGCCGACCUCGACGAGAAGACCCCACAAAGAUCGCAGUGAAAAAGGAGUUCAAGCCCCAUCUCGAAGCUUUGCAAAAACACUUAACGCAAGCUAAAUCUCAGCAACCUGGAUUGGCACAACUCUGCGAGGAAGACGAGAAAGACCAGUCCACGAGAACGGCAAAAAUAGAGGGGUAUCAAUCCGCGAUCAAGGCACUGGAAGUCGUGGAGGAGCAUGUUGAUUCUCUCACACACGCAUUGGGGCUGGGAGAAGAGAGUUUGUGCGACCAGGCCCUUGUGGAAAGGGACCUUGCGGUCUAUGCUUUCUUCCCUGAGUCACAAGAGGAACUGGAACCAGGCUACCUGUUACGCGCUCUCAUGCGUCAGCUAUCAGAGAAGGUGGAUGGCUCACGGGAUACCCUGACAGACAAGAUGUCCUUCGAAGACUAUUUCAAGCGCCUCAUCGACGAGGUGCCGAGCACAUGCGAUGUUGUCGUCAUCGUAUACGGAAUCGGCUCAUACGCUGACAGAAAGGACGCCAAGAAUGUGUGGGACUUGUUGUGGGAAGUUAAGGAGACCCUGCGAAGAAGGGGAGGGAAGUUGCAGGCUGCAGUGAGAGCUCGUGAUGCGAGGCUAGUAGAGCUUCUUCAACAGAGAAUAGAGGAACUUGGAGAGCGAGACCGGGUUACUGCUUUGUCGAGGGAUCGGGAGUGCCACAAGAUAUGGAAGAAAAGACAGGAGGUGUUCUCUGAAGAAGAAGCGGAAGUCCAUGGACCGGUGCUGAGAGUGCUCUUUGCUGGACCAGGCGCGGAUAUGGUUGCUGGGUGGGUUCCUGAGUCAGAACGCGAGGAUGUGGUCCUCGCGCUUUGACAGGCCUCGGGUUUCUCUUCUAUCGAUAUUUGUGCUCGUGGCAUGCUCCUUCUGAGACCUGCUCUAAUGUAGUCAAUGAAUUCCCA